CGGUUUGAGCACAAGCCCAGCUUUAUCCCUCUUGUCCUGCUCACGGUGAGAGGAAAUCCUAAACCACCUCUACUCGGGCACACACACACACACACACACGCAACACACGCGUGCUCGCACACCCCUCGCACACACACUCAACCGCCUCCCGCUCGCUGGCUCGCUCACACUGAGGCACACACGCGCGUUGGCUACACACUCGUGGAGGAACAUGGCUGGAACAUCGCAGAGGAGAAUGAAUGGGUCCUGGGUUCGACUGGCUCUGGCCACGGUCUUCUGCUUGUCGAUAUUCCACAGUGGCGUGCUCUCCCAGGAUGCCACUGACGCAGCGGAUGGAGUCGAUAAUGCCUUCACCAUCAUAACCCUGUCCCCCGAGCUGCUGGACAUUCUGAACGGCAACGGUGACCCCACUGUACACAUCACAGCCGCGAAUCCUGGGGAUGUCCCGACAACCACAGACGACGGUACGGACCCCGACGCCGCCGCCCCCACCCGCAAAGACGACGCGCCGGUGGGCACGGUGACGGUAGAUCCUCACACUGAGAUCAAGACCAUGUCCGGCCGUGGUGACGAUGGACCCCCUGUGACUCAACCCGCGGGGGACAUCCAGUGCGUGGACAAGGAAGCUCUCAAAGACAGAGACGCGGUGAAGCUCAUGCUGAAGGACGCGUCCAGCUGUGAGGAGACCAAGGCAAAGUUCAAAGAGCUGAUGGGGGAUCUCUGCGGAUCGGACUGCGACAUCAAAAUCUACCAGGAGGACAGCUCGGCGCAAGUCAUCGUGUCCGGCGAAGCUGACGCGAAUGGAAUGGUGAACAAGUUCAACAGUCCAGGGAUAAAAGAAAAGCUGGGGGUGGUGGAGGCGUCCCCACGAUGGGGGAAACACCCCCCCACAGUCCUGGUCGCCUUGCUGCUGACGGGGCUGCUGCUAGCCGCCCUGCUCAUCGGGGGCUACUGCCUGAGGAACCACCGCAGUCAACAGGCCAAGAGCACGAAACUAGCUGAGGAGCCUUUUCCGGUGGAUCAGGAGAACCAGGGAAACACUCUGGUGUCUGUGGCCCCCCUCCACCCACAGGAACCCCAGGACAAGCCCAGCGCCAACGGCGAGUCCCCCGAGGGGGUGAAGACUGAGGCCCCCCCGACCAACGGCCACUCAGCCGCCAAGUCCCCCGUGGCGGACACCGAGCUGUGAGAGCCGGCGUCCGCUCGACGGACAUCUCCCCUACCGCCAUGCCCUGAGAGACCCCGUCGCUAGGGGUGACCGUCCCAAACCCGUGCC